GGCGUGGCUGCAGCGCGUGCGGCUUUUUUCCAUUGGACGGUCAUCGCCCCGUCGCGCACCAGCAUCCCUCCCCGGCGCUCCGCCGGGUCGCGCUGGAAGACUUCCGAACGCCACUUUUACUGCGAGGAGUCAACGGUACUUCGCCCAGCCGCGCUUUACUGCGGUACCACACCGUGUCGUCUGCCAUUGACUGUGGGACACGGAGAUGCGUCGCAGCAAGCAGCUGCUCUCCGCUACACAGUAGGAGCUACAAAACUCAACAUGCUGCGCCACUCGGCUCCUGUCACCACAUAGUGCGGAACUGCAGCGAGCGACGCGUGUUGUGUGGCGCGCGAGCGCGCGCUGCGCUGCGCGGAUGCGCGUUUCCGACGGCGCCCGGGAGCGCGUACUUGUUGUCAGCGGGAGGAGGAGGAGAAGGAGGCGUGUUAAUCUCGUGGCGUCGAGGCGCUUCUUCAGAAGCAGCUCCGGCUCGAACGCGUGCUUGUCUUCAUCAUUCUCUUCAUUAGGACGCGGGUGAAAGUGUCACCUGCGCCGCGCUUUUUUUUUUUGGGUUGCUGUUAUUGUUGGCGCCCGGAAGAUAAAGACGGGGAGUAAACAAAGCAGCAGCAGCAACAGACAAACAAACAAAACGCGCAGUCGACACCAACUGUGGCGCGUCAGCGCGGGCUUUUUCGCACUGCUCCCUUCCCUUCCUAACGAGACUGCCAAAAGUUAGCAGAAGAGCAGCUAACGUUAGCCACCGCUCAUGCUAGCCACGGUCUGUGUCGCUCCGAGGGGCUCGGCUAGCUGCUGAUGGCAGCGCGAGCACCGCUGUGAUCUCGAGGUGGUGCGUGUGUGUGGGCGGGCGCGCGCGCGCAAGAAGAGAGCGAACGAGCCCGGGAGCGUCGUCCGCCCGCUGACAGUCGUAACUGUGCGCGCGCGUGCGCGCGGGCGGAGCGCCGGCGAUGUGAGCGCGGCGACGCCGCUCACCUGCCUGCCUGGGCUCCGACGAGGGCUGCCGCACCGGCGGCGGGAGCUGUUGUGUUCAAACAGAGCGGGAAGGGCUACGCGGGAAGGGCUCGCAGCCCGGCGGCGACAUGUCGUCCAAGGAGAACCCGUGCCGCAAGUUCCAGGCCAACAUCUUCAACAAGAGCAAGUGCCAAAACUGCUUCAAACCCCGCGAGUCGCACUCGCUCAGCGACGAGGACCUGAACCAGGCAAAACCAAUAUAUGGAGGAUGGUUGCUUCUGGCUCCAGAGGGGACAAACUUUGACAAUCCUUUGCACAGAUCUCGGAAAUGGCAGAGAAGGUUCUUCAUCCUGUACGAACAUGGGUUGCUACGCUACGCCCUGGAUGAAAUGCCCAGCACCCUGCCCCAGGGCACAAUCAACAUGAACCAGUGCUCAGAUGUGAUUGACGGCGAGGCCAGGACAGGCCAGAAAUUCUCUCUCUGCAUCCUGACCCCUGAGAAGGAGCACUUCAUUCGGGCUGAGAACAAGGAGAUCAUCAGUGGAUGGCUCGAGUCCCUGGUGGUGUACCCUAGAACCAACAAGCAGAACCUUAAGAAGAAGCGCAAGGUGGAGCCACCCACUCCUCAGGGUGGCAUUAGCGACAGCGGCUGGCAAACCCCCGGAAUCAUCAACGGGCAUCUCGAGCCUGGUCCGGCCAAGGUAACAGUGACUAGCAGCGGGGGUGGCUCCGGGGCCAGCGUACCCUGUCUCCCCAGUAGCAUCGCUUCUGUGGAAAAGGUGCCCGCCAGCCGUGCCUCACUGUGGCAGGAGGAGCGUCGUGGUCAGGCUGCCAUCCCCUGCAGCCGUAGCACUUCCUGUCUCAGCCAGCUGGGGCAGGGGAACACUCAAGCCAGGGCCACCAGAGAUGAUCAGGGCUCCUUAUGCGGCGGCAGGAAGGCGCGUGUUGAGAGUGGCUACUUCUCCUUGGAGAAAGCCAAGCCGGACCCCCAGUCCCCACAGCCACCUCGGCAGCUGUCGCUGCCCUCCCCCAGCGGCCCAGGGGCCCCCCAAAGGUACAGCUCCUCUGACACGGACCCUCUCACCUCCCCACACUGCCCGUCUCCCGACAGCAGCGGGGACCCCUUUCCCUCCCCAGGGCACAUCUAUUCCAAUGGCUCCUCCACCAUCAGCUCCUCCCAGAGCUCACUGGACUCAGAGGCGAGUAGCCCCACACCUGCCAGUGCCCUCAGAUGGGAGGGACGCAGUAUUGGCGGGACUGGGCGUGUGGGGCGUGCAACCCGAGAGUACGUCUCGCUGGCAGAUGUGCCUCGUGCCAAGAGGCUAAGCCACCAGGAGGCGUUCCGCUCGGAGAAGAAGUGGCUGGAGCGGAGGGCGCGUACGCGCAGCCCAGGCAGGGAGGAGGUGGAGCGGCUUUUUGGGCAUGAGCGCAGACGCUCGCAGGUCAUAGAGAAGUUUGAGACGUUUGAGGGGGAUAGUGUGGAGCAGAUGGAGACCAGCUCAUCCUCUGAGCCGCCAUCAUCGUCUUCCGCCAGCGCUGCUAUUCCACGCCAGGGUCGCAGCGAGAGACGCCACCUCCCCGUGAAGCCGGAGUUCUCAUUAGAUUCAGCUAAGGAGCAGUCCAUGCCUGAUGUGUCCAGUUCAUCCAUCGCCAGCUACCGUCGGGCCAAAUCUCUGGACCGCAGAGCAACGGAGUCCUCCAUGACGCCUGACCUGCUGAAUUUCAAGAAGGGAUGGAUGACCAAGCUGUACGAAGAUGGACUGUGGAAGAAGCACUGGUUUGUCCUCACAGACCAAAGUCUGAGGUACUACAGGGAUUCGGUUGCAGAAGAGGCUGCUGAUUUGGAUGGUGAGAUUGACCUGUCUACGUGUUAUGAUGUCACAGAGUUCCCAGUGCAGAGGAAUUAUGGAUUUCAGAUCCAUACGAAAGAAGGAGCGUUUACCUUGUCUGCCAUGACCUCUGGAAUCCGACGCAACUGGAUCCAGGCCAUAAUGAAGAACGUGCGCCCCACCAUUGCACCCGAUGUCACCCGGAAAAACAUCUCUUUGAAACUGUCGGUUCUGAAAACAAGUUCCCUCCCUGAGGAGAGGGCCAAGGUGCAGGCAUCCCUGGAUCUUGGUCACGAGCCUCCCGUGGAGCUGUGCCCAAGUCCUGACGCCUCCCUGGGACAGGGAGAGGCGCUCACACGGAGCAGCGCCACUUCUGAGUUGCGCCGGAGCCGUAUCAGGGAGCGGCGCCGGGAGGGACGCUCCAAAACAUUCGACUGGGCCGAGUUCUGUCACGGGCAGCCGGUGCAGAAGGAGUCGUCCGACAGGCAGCCUUUGAAAGGGGUGGAAAAUGUGGACAUCAGUUCUGCUUCAUCCUCCAACUCUUCCCCGGCAUCCUCUCCUGUCUCUUCGGCCUCCUCCGGCUCCUCGUCCGUGCCGCUCGCAGACCCCCCUUUGGAAGGGGAGCUGGAGCGCGAUCGAACACGGCGCCGUGAGGAGCGAAGGCGCCGCGUCCUGAACACCCAGAGCUCAAUGCCAGUCACACCGGCAGCAACUGUGGGAAGAGACGCCAGGGCUCCUGAUGAUACGGAUGCUGGCAGGAUGGAGGUGGAGCGUUCUUUGUCUAUGCCUGAGGUGUGCAGUGAGGGCGGCAGUGAGCUGGGAAAGCCCGCCAAUGUCCAGGUGGAGAUCGAACAGCGGUGGCACCAGGUGGAAACUACGCCUCUCCGCGAAGAGAAGCAGGUGCCCAUUGCCACCAUUCACUCUUCAGAUCCCACUGCUGAGAGGCUGCCUCCGCAAGAGCUGGCAGCUCUGCUUGACAAAGAGCUGGAGCAGGCCCAGAAGGAGCUGACCAAACUUCAGGAGCAGAACAAGCAGCUUCAGGAGCAGCUCCAGGCUGCGCGAGGCAGGGAACUGAGUGCUCGAGAGGGCUACGUGUUGCAGUGCGACUCGCCGACCCCAUCGCCACACACGGGCGGCUGGCAUCGGCUGCACAAACUCAACCAGGACCUUCAGACAGACCUGGAGGCGCAAAGACGCAAACAGGACCUCACCAGUCAGCAGGUGCAGGCCCUCAAGAGGAACUACAGCGAGGCUAAAGACGUGAUCCGCCAUCAUGAGGCCCAGAUCCAAGCCCUGCAGACCAAGCUCAAUAACGCCUUGGCCGAGAUCCUUAUCAGCGAGCAGGCAGUGGCUAAAAUGCGCAGUGAACUCAAGUUGGAGCAGGAACGCUUCCGUGAGCGCAAGGAGGAAUGGGAGCACAAUGAACUUACUCUGAGAGCACAACUCAAGGACAGCGAGGACCGCUUGAAGGAUGUGGAGGCCCAUCUCCUAGAGAAAAGCCAGGCUUUGAGAGACCUAGAACGGCAACAGGCCCUCCAGCGAGACCAUCUGAAGGAAGUGCAGAAGCUUCAGGAAAGGCUGACAGAGGUCACAGGGCGACUGAUUGCCGCUGAAGAAGUUCAUGCCCUGAAAGAGGAGAGGCUACAGAAGAACCUGUUUGUACUACAGGAGAGCCAGGAGAAGGAGAGGCAAGGUCUUGUGAAGAACCUGGCAGAAGCAGAAUUGAGAGCGCAAGAACUGGAAGACCGGCUUCAGGAGGCAGAGCAGCAAGUAGAAACACUACUCCUGGAGAACCAAAGCUCUGGACUAGAGAGCAGCGAAGUAGUUCACCAGUUAGAGGAACAGCUGGCCAUCAAGACAGAAGCCAUCGGGAAGCUUACAGAGACUGUCCGACAGUUAGAGGAGGAGAAAGGCCGACUGACAUGCCGUUGUCAGGAGCUGCUCAAUCAGAUUGCAGAAGCAGACAAUGAGGUGAAUAAACUCCAAGCCCGGCUCAAAACAGAGGAGACCAAUUACUAUAAUCUUGAACAUUCCUAUGAGAAAGUGUCAGAGGAGUUCCAGAAGAUCCAUAAGGUUCUGCGGGAAAAGGAAGAGGAGAUCCGGGAGACUAAAGAGAUGUACGAGAGGCUGGUGCUGAAGAAAGAGCAGGAUCUCAAUGAGGCUUUGAUAAAGAUGGUAGCACUGGGUAGCAGCCUAGAAGAGACUGAAAUGAAGCUACAGGCCAAAGAGGAGCUGAUUUGCAAAUUAGGCCAAGGGGACAUGGGGACAGGUGAUGCAAUGAAGGACCUUCAGGCUAAAUUAGUUGUAGCAGAGGAUCGCAUUGCUGAGCUGGAGCAACACCUUAAUGAUUUGCAGCUGGGCUACUCUGACCUCCAGAUGGAGCACUGCAAACUACAGGACAAUUGUGAUGUUUUGGAGAGCAUGAGUAAGCAGGACAAGUUGUCAGCAGCAAUCGAAGUCCCUCCAGAAUUUGCCGAUGUUCAGCCAAAGUCAAAAACCUACCCCGAUGGUGUGGGGUCGCCCUCUAAAAGACAGCGAAUACGGUUUUCAAACAUACACUGCCAAAAAUACAUGCACACUGAUGGCGGAGAAAAAAUGUGGGCUGGCAGCAACUCUUUGGACCUCAGCCAAGACCAGUCCUUCUCUGAAGAGAGCGGUCCCUUAUACACACAGUAUGGUCAUGUGACCUCUGUCAGCAGUGAUCCAGAGAAAUUUAUAUCUAUUAUUCACACACUAGAAACAAAGCUGUUUGCCACAGAGGAAAAGCUCAAAGAUAUUACAUUAAAACUGGAAGAGCAGCAAACUCGGCAGCUGGAGGCCAUGAUGGAGCAACACUGUGAGCUGGCGAAGAGUGAGACAGACUUACAGGAACAGCUCAAUGAGAGUCUGUCCAAGGUGGACCAGCUCACUGCCCAGCUCCGUGUGGAAAUGGACAAGAGGUCUGCUUUCACUCAGGAAACAAACUGUCGCCUUAGAACAGUAAAUUCCAAAUACGAGAAGGCACUAGCUUGUGUAGAGUCAAGUAGAGAGAAGGUCCAGGCCAUUUUAAGAGAACCUGUGGAGGAUAGCUUGGAGGCGCAGCUCCGCAUGUUGUCGGAGAUAGAAACAGAGCUGGUAAAUGCCACCAUGUAUAUUCGGGAGGGAGGACACACUUUGGAGGAGCACCUAGAGAUUCAAGUAGGUCAGAAACAGGAGAUUGAAGAUAGGGUAACAGAAGAGGAGAAGAUAAAAUUGUUUGCCAAAACGUUAGCAUUUGAAGCACUGGUUUUGAAUAAGAUGGCUUUCUCAAUACAGAAUCCAAACAUACAUCUUCUGCAGAGUCUGAAUGAGAUCCAUCUAGAGGCUGAGAAAUUGAAGAGGAGCGAUGAGGGUUACAUAGCAGUUGAGUACGCAGAUGUCUUAACUAGGAAGCUUAUGAUAGAAAGUGAAUUUUGGACAGAGGUAGAGAAGCUUGAGACUCAGUUUAAAGUGAGUGAAGGCAGGAGACAAAGUGACACCGACUCAGUUGGAGUCAGUGUUGUUUCUGAUGAAAGCAUCGCCCUCAUAAGUAACGCUUGUAUUAAAUCUGAACUGAACUUUGCUGUUGAAAACCUUAAGCACUUUUAUGAAGAAAAACUCCAGAAACUUAAAGGGGAUGUAGCAGAGGUCCACAUAAAGCUUCAGCAGAGGGAACUUGCAUUGAAAGAGAUUGUCGAAGCAUCUAACAGGGCAGAUUCAGCCAUUCAAGAAGUCAACGAUGAGUUGGGCUUCAGUCAACAGAUGACUGAUUCAAUUCCUCCGGAACUAGAUCCUUUUAUAGAACGGAUCAAAGUAGAAGAGGUCAGCGACUUGUCAAAAGAGAUAGUCAGUAGACACCUGCAAGAUACAGUACCUUCUUGUUGCAUUGACGAUCUGGAGUCACUGCGUAUGGGGCGUGACAGACUUGUUGCCGAACUGUUAAGGCAGUCAAACAUCCUUCAGUAUCUCUCCCAGGAGGUAGAGGCCACCUGUAAGGUGGAGAGCAGCACUUCUCUUGGCAGGGUUGUUGAGAUUUUUAGCGUGCAUCCCUUCUAUAGAAAUCGCAUUGAUGUCACUAGUGGGACUCUGUGUAUGCGUGAGGCUAUGAUCCAAGCCCAGAUUGCAUAUGUCGCCUGCAAACUGAGAGCAGACCAUGAGAGGGAACUGAAGCUGUGCAGGGAAGCAUGCCAGAGUAUGGAUGUCCUGUGUCAGGAGCACGCCCGGAAUAUCGCUACGAUCCGAGAGCAGUAUGAGGCAUCUUUGUUGGAGCAGCACCAGAACUUCAACCAAACCGUAGCCAGCCUCCAGGAGGAAAAUGGGGUGCUGCAAAGAGAAAUUACUCGCCACAUCACUGAGCUCUCCCAGCAGCAAGAAAGGCUUGCGCAGCUAGAGGCACACUACUGCAGAGAGAUGGAGCACCUGAAGACCAGGUAUGAGCAGGAACUGAAUCAGGCUGAGCAAGGACGAGCCACCACAGAGCUAGCGCUCAUGGAGAAGACUGCAGACAGCCAGCGCAAGCUUGAGGUCAUCCUGAUGGACAUUGAGAAGAUGGAAGACCGGCAUGAGGAGCAUGUGCAGAAGCUGGAGGACAAGUUCCAUGGGAAGAUGCAAGAGCUGCAGCGCAUCCAUGAGGAGGAGAUGCAGCAGUUGCAUAGCCACUACACGCAAACCAUCCAUGCCAUGGAGGAAGCUCUAGAGAGGCUGAAAGCCAGGAAUCCCAAGGAUGUGUCUUUGCCUGAGGAGGUGUCUCCAGCAACAGAUCACACCUGGCCGAUGGAACAGGACACCUCUGAGGUCAGCAAGGCUGAGAGAGACUCCAUGAUGCUGCUGCGGGACAGGAUCCAAGAGCUGGAGACACAGAUGAACACCAUGAAAGACGAGCUGGAGAACAAACACCUAGAAGGAGACCUGUCUAGCCUGAAGGAAAAAUACCAAAAGGACUUUGAGAACUUGAAGGCCACCUGUGAGCGGGGCUUUGCUGCCAUGGAGGAGACGCACCAAAAAGUGAUCGAAGACAUCCAAAGGCAGCACCAGCGCGAAGUGACAAAACUGCUGGAGGAGCGUGAGAGACUACUAGCUGAGGAGACUGCUGCGACUAUUGCUGCUAUUGAAGCCAUGAAGAAUGCACACAGGGAGGAAAUGGAGAAGACCCAGCGGUCCCAGCUCGGCAGUAUGAGUGCUGAUAUCGAUGAGCUGCGCCAGCAGUAUGAGGAGGAGCUGCGGUCCAUCCAUCGGGAGCUCGAGGUGCUGUCAGAGCAGUACUCCCAGAAGUGCCUGGAGAAUGCUCACCUUGCCCAAGCCCUGGAGGCCGAGAGGCAGGCUCUACAGCAGUGUCAGCGGGAGAACCAGGAGCUCAACGCGCACAACCAGGAGCUGAACAACCGGCUGGCGGUGGAGAUAACACGCAUGCGUUCCUGCAUCGCUGGGGACAUGGCAGAGUCACCUUUCACGCAAGGGAAAGACCUAUACGAACUGGAGGUCUUAUUGCGGGUCAAGGAAUCAGAAAUCCAGUAUCUCAAACAGGAGAUCCAUUCCCUGAAGGAUGAGCUGCAGUCUGCACUACGGGAUAAGAAGUACACGGCAGACAAGUACAAGGAUAUCUACAUGGAGCUGAGCAUCGUGAAGGCCAAAGCAGACUGUGACAUCAGCAAGCUGAAGGAGCAGCUGAUGGCAGCCACUGAGGCUUUGGGGGAGAGGAGCACAGAUGGGGCCACCGCUGUGGCAGGAUAUGAUAUUAUGAAAUCGAAAAGCAAUCCUGAUUUUCUAAAGGAGCGGUCAUCCCUAAGCAGGCAGAUCCGUGGUGUAAGGUCAAAGAGCCUGAAGGAGGGCCUGACAGUACAGGAACGCUUGAAGCUGUUCGAAGCAAAGGACUCCAGAAAGAUCUGAGCACCAGGGAUCCUGCCCUUAACUUUCUUCAUGGCCCAUUACUGGCCUGAUGUUCUCAGCUGAAGUAACAGCGUUCAUUUCACACACGGAGGCAGCAGUGCAGUGACUGAACUUGGUGAUUUUUGGCCUUAUUCAUGCCAGAUUGUGCACCGUUGCUCUGCAUGUGGAUCUGUUGGUGAUGGUGUCAUAUUUAGAGUAUAUUGUCCUCCAGGCCACUAAAGCUCCCCCCCCCACUCCUAAUUUUUAGGUUUUGCCUUUUUCAGUGUUUUAUUGAGCAUACUUAGAGAUAAUGAUGGUAUUGAUGACAAUCCAGAUCAUUUUCAUAUUACUUCUGAUAUCAUACACUAAAAUACAGGUGGACAUUUGAACAGGAGUGCUGUACACACACACGCGCACACACACACAUUAUAUAUUUAUUAUAUUUAUACUAUCAUUUUUCAAAUUGGAGUGAAUGUAGAAGCGGUGUUGUGUGUUUGUGGGAGAGACACAAAGUUUAUUAAUAUAAUACAGAUCCAUAAAGCUAAUAUUGUAGUCUGUUUUUUGUGGUCUAAGAGAUAUAUCUAGUCACAAAGAUGAUUUUAUUGUUUAGAUCACCAUUUUACUAAACAAUCAUCUGCAGUCAGGAAGACCAUGCAUGACCACUGUCUGAAGAUGACUGUUUAGUCUUCCUGAGAAGGUAUAUUGUAUUGUCAUGUGACUACUAUGUAACAAUAAAAUAAAUCAGUGCAUUGUACUAGUACCUUUGAGAUAUAAAUUAGCAGUGCUUUUUAACAAUACCGCUGUAAAAAUGUGAAACAAAAUGGCAAAGCUUCUUUACUGACAAAUGUUAUAUAUAUAUAUACAUACAUAUACACACACAUUUAAAAUUGAUGUGCGUAUGUUUGUAUAAAUGAAUUUGUAUGUAUUCAUAUAUAGGUGUGUGUGCGCGUGUGUGGUGCCAAAACUGUGCGCUUUACUUGCUUGGUUUGUGGCCCUGCUGAUCCAGUCCUGCCAUGGUCAUUCUGAAGAGAAAUGGCCAUGAUGACUCUGAAACUUGCACAAGGCACCCAGGUCUUCCUCCUUCCUCUUUGAAAGGCUUUAUCAUGGCUGCACUUUGGCUGAGAGUAUCUUCCAGUUUUGCAUUUUUUUUUAGAAGCUCUACUCCGUCCUGCAUUCUUUAAGUUUUUGAAUUUCUUGAAAUCAUCGUCGUAACCUGGUGAUGUAAGGCCUGCCAGUUACACCAGUAUUACUUGUAAAAUUUGUCAAGAAUGCAAGCUAUUUUGUUCCUCUACUCUAUGGGCAUACUACAGUACUGAAGGGGUUCAGAAAGACCCAGAAUUGCCACUUAGUCUUUCUUAUAUUUUAGUACAUAAAUAAGCCAAAACAAUCGAGACACAUGUAACGAUUACAUUUUGUAAAAAUGUUCUUUGAAAUGUUUAAAUAUAACAAUCCUAUUACAGCAAGGCCUGGUGUUAGUUUUUUUUUUUUUUUAAUAAAUGUAAACGGUUGAAUUCUGUGACUGAGGAAAGAAAGUGGUUAACAGUUAUUGUGGUGUUUAAUUACUUAUUAAAUUCGAUCAUAUUUAUGCAGGCUAUUAGGCAGAUAUGAGAAGUAGAUUACAACACCAAGAUGAAUUAAUGAACAACAUACUGGAAACUGGACAGGCGUAUAUGCCACUUCAUGUGCUGACUUACACUGUGUGUGUGUGUGUGUGUGUGUGUGUGUGUGUGUGUGUGUGUGUGUGUGUAACAGCAGCUAAACUGCCUCGCCUGCUUGAUGGUCAGAAAAAGGGCCGGUGCUGCAAAUUGCUUGUGCCCCUUGCAGUGGUCUGAUCCACCUUGGGACGCAAAGCUCACACAAGGCCCUUCUGAGAUCAACAGAUGACGAGACAAUUUGCUGCUGGUGAGAAGUUGCUGAAUAUUAUUGUUGCUGUUACAGUAUAAUAGCAAUAGUAAUGAUUAGAGUAACACAUGCCGUUGAAGCUCUGUUUUACCAGUGUGCCCCUUCUGCUGAGAUGAGCUGAAGUCUGUAACAUCUUGCCUGAUGAUAAAGCACCUGGCCUCAGCAAGCGUCCUCAGCCCAUCCAUCACUUGACUACCUUGCUUCUCGCUUGAGACGUCUAGAAAAACUUGCGGGGAAGUUACAACAGCUAUGGAAAUAUAUUGUAUAGUAUUUGAGGAAUGCCUUGUAAAUAUUUGGUACACAGAAUUUAGUUUUUGUGAUUUUAUGUGUUUUAAAUCUGUAUUCUGCUUACUAGCACUACAUAAUAUAUAUAUUUUUUUUUAUUUUGGUUUGAAUGGAAAACGUGAUAAAUAAAUGGAGCAUUU